CGAGAAUGGCGCUCUCACACGGAAUGGUAACGUUAGGGCGCUUCGCGCUUAUUCUCCUUCUGUAUCUAAAGUUGAUUUCCAUCUGCUUAAAUGUAGUCUCUUGUAUUGUAUUGGGUCACUGGACUUUCACGGUAGGAAUCCUGUUGAUCUUGUCGACCUUUACGCUACAUAUUGUCGGGAUGUUAUCAUUUGGCGAAGCGUGGACACUUGGGAAACGGCAUUAUUACUCUUACACUUGGUUUGUGUAUACUGGUCUUUUAAUAGUGGACAUUAUCGUAGUACUUACACCGUAUCUACAAGUCGUAGAUGCAGAGAAAGAUAUUCCAUUUUGGCUAACGAUUUUUGUCAAAGUUCUUUAUAUCACACCAUUUACUUUGCUGCUCUUUUUGAACACUGCUGGCGAAGAAGGCACCGAAUUUCACGGAGAAUCUAGAUGGUUGUUUGCUACAAUGUCUGCACAAAUAUUCGACGCCAUCGAUAUGAUAGACAAUGUUUUGAACGGUUAUGGCAAUGGGCCACCUACAGGACUUGGAGUGGGCAUGAUUACCCUUGCUUCUGGAUGUCUGUUGCUUGCAGCGUGGGAGUUUCUAGAACUAGCGCAUCGCUCACCCGGAAGCGAGAACGGAGCGAAGGUUUAUCGACUUAUCGUGUUGAUUCUCGUUAGCCUGGCAACUUUGAUAAUUCGAGCGGUGGUUUAUGUUGAUUAUGGUUGGAGAGAAACGACGCCGAUCGCCAUGAAUGUAAUCAUGAUAUGUAUAUCAGUCUCGGAAUUACGCCGUUUCUUUGGUCAGACUUCUCUAUAAACAUAUCUGGAUGAGGUACAACUAGGCCCGGCGAAAUCAGAUAAUUUGGUUUCGUCUUUCGCUCUGACAAAGCGCUAACGUCAGCUUUAGAAACCUUUUACGGUGGCCAAUUUACAUUAUCAACUUUGUGGAUAAAACUAAAUUAUCUUAUUCUACCCUUCACCGACGCUGCACCAGAGUUCCUUUAGAAAGUUACUACCUUUAUUGAUAGGGCUCAAAUUGGCACUCCUGAGCCACACCGAUUAUUUUAGCAAAACGGUGAUCUUAAAUGGGGGCUUCCUCGAUCAAAAGCUGUCUAUUGAUAACUCACAAUAAGCAAUUACUCGUUGAUGCUGAGCAUUUCAUGAAUAAUCAGUGCCGAGGUUGGUGUUAUUUGCCGAAGCCGAAGGCUGAGGCAGAAAAUACAGUGGCGAGGUUUGAUACUUCUUGAUAUCAUGCGAACACCGAAUUUAAUACUUGUUUUUUAAAACAAUCAGCAGAAGAAGACACUCUCAGAGUUUGCAAAAGCUUAAGAACACGAGCACGAGUACUACACGACUACACGAGCGAGGGACUUAGAAACUUGGCAGCCUUUGAACUUGAUAUCUGUAGCAGAUAUUGGGUUAUCAUAAUGAGUUACCAUGUCAACUUCACACACCAUCAUAUAUUGACUGGAUGCUCUCUACUAAUCAAAGUUUUCAUAGCAUGUCUAAUGUAUAAUAAUGGAGUUUGUCUGUAAAGAUAAACCGUCCAAACUUUUAUUUGGACGUCUUUGUUUGUUUAUUUGGUGUUGUAAAUUUUAAGAUUUUAAUUGCAAAUCCAAGUUGAAGUAUUUCUUUUUCUAAAACAUUGGUUGAAAAGCUAGGGUAUUGAUAUGAAUUGAAUACUGAGUGGAAACAUCUGUCAUUUGAACUUUUCAAGCAACUGUUCAGGCAUGAUAUUCACUCUAACAUAAAAAUAAUAUGUUCUGUCUUCUAAAAUGUGUGUAUUGUUAGCACCUUUCAUCCCAUAGCUAGUAAAUUUGUGCUAUCAAAUUCAAUUCUGUAAAUAUGUUUCAUAUUCCACCGUGCAUGUUGAUGAGUUGUAAGCACUGGAGC